AUGUCAGCCGGUCCUGAGCUUGAUAAUGGCGCCGUAUUGAAGUGGCUAGAAGCGAGCGAUACUCAGUUCCAUAGGGCGAGUGCCACCCUUAACACCGAUCGAUGGCUUGACGAAUUCAUGACCGACGAUGUGGAGAUGCAAUAUGCAAAUAGCCCUGUGAUUAAGGGCAACGAGGUGCGGCAGAUGUUCAAAACUGUCCUCGGCCAACUAGGCAUGAUGACCCACGAGAUCCGUUACUUCGACUAUAUUCCCCCUCGUAUCUAUCAAGCCGCGACCAUCCGAUAUCUAGUCAAAGGUGACAGCCUAGACACCGACGAAAUCACUAUUCCCGGUUUUGCUGUGUUCUUUGUCCGGAAGGAUGAUGCCGGGCGUGUGAAGUGCUAUCGGGCUGAGACCUUCCUGGACCCAUCGGCAGUGUUUCAACGAAUUGCUGAAAAAUCAAGCCAACUAUAA